AUGGCUUCUGAUCUCAGAUCAGCAUCCUCUCCCAGGCCACGCCUCCUAAAUGACCGUCACCGGCGAUGACGUCACGACGCCACGCUCUACUCCUCUUUUUCAGUGGUGGAACCGAAGCAUCUUCACCAUCAUCAUCAUCAGCAGCAGCAGCAGCAGCAACCUCCAGCAGGGACGGCUCUUCUUCUUCUUCUUCUUUUUCUUCUUAUUCUUCUGCUGCUUUCCUCGGCUGCUACUUUGGGGCUGCAAGACCCGUCUGGGGGGUCCGGGGAAGACGUCUCAUCAGCCGCAGGCCACUUUGGGAAGCAUGUCUUUUUGUCUCUCAGAAUGACGCCGUGCAAGCUCUCCAUGCAUCCUCCUGCCUACCAGCGGACGUUCGGGCGCCUUACGAGCUGCUAUUUUGGAAUUUAAUAGAAUCUCCGAUUUGUUUGAUGACACGUCAGAGCGACCGUUGAGUGAAUUUUAGAAAAGACAAAAAAAAACACAAGCGAGAGGAAACUUUUGGCGGACAUGGCGAUGGUAGCGUGGAGGAACCCCGAGGAGGGGACGCUGUCCUCCCCGGUGUCGCAGGUCGCUCCUCUGGCUCUGCCGGCUCACAUCAACCCGCCGACCUCCCUGGAAGCGACGAACCCGCCCGGCGGCGCCGUGGCCACCUCCGGCACCUCCAACAUCUCCUCCAACACCACCAGCUCCUCGUCGUCGUCGUCCUCCUCGUCGGACAAGCAGUCCGCCCCGCAGGUGGAGUGCAUCGUGUGCGGGGACAAGUCCAGCGGGAAGCACUACGGCCAGUUCACCUGUGAAGGCUGCAAGAGCUUCUUCAAGCGCUCCGUGCGGAGGAACCUCAGCUACACCUGCCGCGCGAACCGCAGCUGCCCGGUGGACCAGCACCACCGCAACCAGUGCCAGUACUGCCGCCUCAAGAAAUGUCUCAAAGUCGGCAUGAGGAGGGAAGCCGUCCAGAGAGGCAGGAUCCCCGCCCAGUCGUACCACGGCCAGUUUGCGCUGACCAACGGGGACCCCCUGCAGUGCCACUCCUACCUGUCGGGCUACAUCUCCUUGUUGCUGCGGGCUGAGCCCUACCCGACCUCCCGCUUCGGCUCCCAGUGCCUCCAGGGCACCAACAUGGUGGGCAUCGAGAACAUCUGCGAGCUGGCGGCGCGCAUGCUCUUCAGCGCGGUGGAGUGGGCGCGCAACAUCCCCUUCUUCCCCGACCUGCAGGUGUCGGACCAGGUGGCCCUGCUGCGCCUCACCUGGAGCGAACUGUUCGUGCUCAACGCGGCGCAGUGCUCCAUGCCCGUGCACGUGGCGCCGCUGCUGGCCGCCGCCGGCCUGCACGCCUCUCCCAUGUCCGCCGACCGCGUGGUGGCCUUCAUGGACCACAUCCGCGUCUUUCAGGAGCAGGUGGAGAAGCUCAAGGUGCUGCACGUGGACUCGGCCGAGUACAGCUGCAUCAAGGCCAUCGUGCUCUUCACCACAGACGCAUGUGGGCUGUCAGACGCGUCCCACGUGGAGGGUCUCCAGGAGAAGUCUCAGUGCGCCCUGGAGGAGUACGUGAGGAGUCAGUACCCCAACCAGCCCACCCGCUUUGGAAAACUGCUGCUGCGUCUGCCGUCCCUGCGCUCCGUCUCAUCCUCCGUCAUCGAGCAGCUCUUCUUCGUCCGCCUGGUGGGCAAGACCCCCAUCGAGACCCUCAUCCGGGACAUGCUGCUGUCGGGGAGCAGCUUCAACUGGCCUUACAUGCCCAUGCAGUAGAGGGGGGGGGCACACCGAGCCCCCCCCCCC